AUGACUGGGACGGAAAAGAACUUUGGAACGUCCAAGAACCACGACCACCUCUCACUUUCACACAGAACCCUCGCAAAGAUCAAUUUACGUCCACGCCAUGGCCCAAGGCAUCCAAAGAUACUCAAUCCUAUUGCCAAAAAAUUGAUACCGUACUCAGAGUUCAGCUUGGGCAACACACUGCAACCCAACCCAACCCAACCCAAACCAAUGGAGGACAGGGCUGGAGUCAACGGUGCAGGAGCACUCUGUGGAAACCAACAGCGCCAUGAUCCUUGGGCGAAGCGGGAUUCUUGUAGGAUAAUCAAGGCAAAUUACGGUCAAAUCAUGGCUACUACCCAGGAAGUCCUCAAUACUCUACAACGAUCGAAAGACGAGUUGGUACGAGCUGCAGUUGUAAACAACCACGGCCCAGAGGAGGAGCUUGCCACCAUUGAUCAAAUGAUUCAUCGGCACACUGAUUUUUUGCAAAGGAGCCGUGAGUUUUGUGCCCAAGUUGAUGAGAUGUUGCAGGUGGCCAAUGAAUACAUCGAGAGGUUCGAGCGCGGCAUUGAGGCGAUGGCUACUCUCAGAAACAACGCUGAUUUUAUUCCUCCUGGACGUCGAAACCAGGCAAGGGGCUAAAUUAAGUAUGCUGGGAGAUUUGCGGCUGGUUUGCUGAUAUUGAAGUUCUGGCUAGCAGGCAGCAUGGGAGACAGUUGGUAGCUAAGGAUUGUGCCUGGCUUCGGGCAGCUAUGGGCAGCUACUUUACUGAAUAAUUCUAUUAAUAAUUGCGACGAUAGUGC